AUGCCCAGGCUGCCUCGGCUGCAAGUAAUUCUCUAUCCAACUGUCACUGAAUACUUUGGUAUUGGAUUCGCCAACAACGGUCCACUAACAACCACGUAUACGCCCCCCGCAAGCUGCAUAACAGUAACAACAGAUCAAAUCAUCUUCGCGCAUCCCAACAAUUUAACUAUAUCAUACGGAGCGCCGACAUGUGAGACUGCAUCAAUGGGAAAGUGUCAAGGCACUAUUGACUACUACUCACCUGGUAUAGCUUGUCCCAAGGGUUCUGUUGAGAGGAGUGGUGGUUUUACGCAGACGACGAGUGCACGGCCAGGCGUGUCUGUUACUGAUCCAAAUAUGCCGCUGGAACAAAUCUGUCUUAAUGCAUAUUGCUGCCCCAGUGGCUGGGUUGCUGCAAAGAGGGGAGGCUGCUUCUCAUCCAUCGAGCCCUUAAAAUCAGCAACAUAUACAGAAGUAUGCAACAAAUACCUACCCCCAAGCGCCAUACGCUCAGUCUACACUGUGGAAGGAAGCAAGGUGUCGCAAUAUCUGUACUCAGCGGUAACGGCGGAACCAACUUCAACGAUUUGGCCAAUGUCAGUUUUGCAAACUCAGACAAGAUUCCGGUAUGAAGAACUUGCGGUUGUUAGACACUUUCCUGCUGUCAAGCUUGUAUAUAAGGAGUCCGAUUUGAAGCCGACUGGGGAUGGAGGUAAGGACGACGAUAAGAAAAAGGCUGAUGAUGACAAAAAGGAUGAUGAUAAUGGGGCUUCGAGUUUGUUGAGAAGUGGUGGACUUUUCUCUAUUAUUGCGGUGCUGUUUAGCAUCCUUAUUGGCGCUGGUUUGGUAAUGUUUUAG